CUUGCAGUACCCUUUUUCCUUGUGCCUUUGAAAAAGUGCUUACUGAAUCAGUCGCGUGGGGGGACCUGAUUGCCCACCCACUCGCGCUCAACAAGGCAUGGCCAACCACUAGCUUAACUAUUUAACUCGUUGUUCCCCAGAGCUUUCCAGUUAAUGUUCAAUCCACAACAAGAAAGCUAGAGUGUUCAAACAUGACCAAGGAACAAAACACUGGCGACGCGGUCAUUGAACCAUGCCCGCCGACCUACCAGGCGGCCACUGGUGACGGCCAAGCUUCCUACGAGGACAGCAAACCCGUACCAGCACCGCUUCGAGGCUAUGGCAUUGAAUAUCGCGUAGAUCCUACUGUAUCUUUUGCAGAGUUUACGUACUGGGCCAAAGUUGAGAGAGAAGAAGAGGCCGAAGCUGAGCGUCUCUUCCUCGAACGUCGCGGGCCCAUGACACCCAAGAAGAUGAUUAUGAGUCGCUUCUCCAAGGGUGUCCAUCACGAGAACAAAAAGAUGGACGAGAAAGAUGGAAACCCCACUACAGGCGUUGUUGCCCCAGCUGACAACGGUAUUACUCGCGACUCAUCCUCUGACCUUACGGAGGAGUGGAAGGUUGCCUCAAGGGCCAUGCGCACUGCUGGCUGGAGCUCCAUCUUUUUCCUCAUCACCACUGACAUUCUCGGAUGGUCUGGAUGCCCAUUUGUCUUUGCAAGUGUCGGCUAUGGUACCGGUGUCGCUCUCUACGUCAUCUUUGGCCUUGCCGCCACGCUUAGUGGUUACAUGCUGUACAAGAUGUUUGUAACGCUGGACUCUUCCCGGUAUCCGAUUCUGAGCUAUGGAGAUCUAUUCUUCAGAGUCUUUGGACCCAAGACCCGCCACUUCAUCAACGUCACUCAGUCCCUGCAGCAGUUUUGCACCGUUAUGGUCCUCAUUCUAAGCAAGGGUCGAGUUAUAUCCCUCUUGGCUGGCCCAAAGCUGUGCUUCAUCAUUUGCAUGCUCAUCAUCAUGCUUGUUGGUGUUGUAUUUGGCAGUAUUCGCUCUCUGCAGCGUCUCGGUUGGAUCUGCAAUCUCUCCGUUUGGUUCAACGUUGCCUCCUUCAUCUCCAUCAUGGUCGCUGCAGCCAAGUACGAGCCGUACUAUGGUCCUGUAAUUCAAUCAACGAUUCUCCCUAAAACCAUCAUGCCAAUUCGAACGUUCGUUGGCCUUGUUCCCGACGAGUACCAACAGCAGGCACACGGAUUCGCUGGAAUCUUCAACGGUGUUGACAGCAUGGUUUACGCCUACAGUGGUGCCAUCUUGUUUGUCUCCUUCAUGUCCGAGAUGAGACAUCCCAUGGACUUCUGGAAGGGCAUGCUCUUGGCCCAGGCGUUCAUCUGCGCAAUCUACGUCAUCUUCGGAGCCUUUGUCUACAGCAAUUUUGGUCAAUAUUCUGGAUCCGCCAUCUACCAAGUCAUCAACCCAGCUGGCCUGCGCACUUUCAAUAAUGUGCUCAACCUUCUCACUGGAAUCAUCGCGAGUGUUCUUUACUUUCAUGUGGGUAUGAAAACGGUAUACAUCGAGGUUUUCCAAGAGGUCUUCAAAUUCCCUCCCAUUGCAAGCAAACGGGGCCGUUGGAUGUGGUAUGCCCUGGGUCCCAUCUAUUGGGCCAUCGCAUUCAUGCUCGCCGCUGCCGUGCCCAAUCUCAAUGGCAUUGUGAAUCUUGUUGGUGGAUUGUUUGGAGUCAACUUCAGCUACUCACUUCCUGCAAUGUGCUUCCUCGGCUGGCUAAUUCACACAAACUCCACCCUGCCUGGCGAGGGCUACAGCCCAGAGACUGGCGAAGUGAUCCAACACGACUCGGGAAUUAAGAGAUGGACCCGUGGCUUUGUCAAGUGUUGGUACGUCAGUGUCCCUUGUCUGAUCUAUGCUCUUGCCGCUCUUGCCACUUCAGGUAUGGGAAGCUGGGCUGCUAUCGAAGGGUUGAUUUCAGUGUUUGGCCCAGGUGGAACGGUCGCAACUUACUACGGAUGCCAAUCGCCAGUGUGGAAGAAGGAGUAAAUUAUCCAAUGUGGGAGAUUUGAACUACAAGUAUUUAUUGUCUGGUUAUUAUAAUUAAAUUGUCUAUCAAAUAAUACAUCUUACGCAGUAUGUGCUGAUCAUUAACAGAAGGGGUCGGCGUUUGCAUCCAUGUUCGGCGAAUAUUCCAUAUUUCUUGCAGCGGCAUCAGCAAUCUCGUCGCCAAAAAUGUCUCGCAAAAAUCCAAAUGUCAUGUCGAUUCCUGCGGAAACCCCAGAAGAUGUGUAAAUGUUGCCGUCAAUAACCCAUCUAGCCUCUCUUAUCCAGGUAACUUUGUCGCUCUGAGAGACAACCUG